AUGCAAUGCCAGACGCCUGCCUUGUCAAACGUGGCGGCGCCGGCCGUGCAACUCUGCCGCGCUGGAAAGAAGACAGCGUGGAGUGUCUCCUCCUCCGCCUUCCGUCGGCCCAGAGAAAGCCUGCGGCCACGACACAGACAGAGAGAGCCUCCCCCCUCUUCCAAGGCCCCGGACUCGAGCAACGAUUCGUCUUUUCCAGAGACGCGGCAAUCCCCGGCGGCCGCAUGUGUAGCAGCAUUCGUUGGGUACGGCUGGCAACACACUGGGCGGAGUCUCGUGUCGCCAGCGCCACGGCAGGCCUUCAACUGGCUGCGAGAGCCUCCUGGAUUCUUUCGAAAGUGUUCGAGGCGGACAGGUCGCACGGGGGGCGAUGCCCCGGGCCCCGCGCGCGACGAUCUGGAAGGCGAGCAGUUUGUGGGGCGUUCUGGGGAACGGCAGGUGUCCCAAAAGCGCGUGGAAGCUGCAGCCGCGGCUGCCUCCCUCGUGCGGAGUCUGCUUGUCCGGCCCAGCCGGAGGAUCUGUGGAAGCUGGCGAACGUGUGUGCGGAGAGCCAGGCAGCCCUAUGUGGGACGCCUCUGUUCAUUCCAAGGGGGUGUUUGUGACCGGGGGGAGGGCGGCUGCGUGGCGCGGAGUAGUGACGCGGCGUUGCCUUCGGUAUUUAGGGCUCAACAAGCCCUGUCGGGUUUACUCCGUUGCGAACGCAUGGGCGGUCCGUCGCAGGGAAGUCGCGGCUCGCGUUCAGUGACGCCCGAUCUCCGCUCCAGUUUCAUUUACACAGGGGGCCCUGACUCGUCGCCUUGUGUCGAUGUGGCGUCGGUGCCCCCUGACGCUGCAAGCUCGCCAGCCUUAGAGACGGUGCAGUUAUUCCAACCCUCUGUAGACUUUGUCAGUAAGGUCCUCCAUGCGGCUCAGUCUGCUCUGGAGGCGCCUGCAAGCUCGAGCGUGCCUCCGAGCAAGGAGACGAGAGCCUGUCAUCUCGCGGCGCCUGGCCGCCGCGACCCCCCGCUCGGUGACAUCCCUUCCGCAUGCAGAGCCAGCGCAGAAGGGGGGAGGGUCAGGACCCCUGAUCUUCGCCGGCAGCGCGAGGCGCCAACUAACUCCGCGUCUCCGCGUUCGACACAGCCUCCCUGUGGCUCAGAGCCGCCGCCUGGCGGAUGCGAGGCGGCAGAGACGACCGUGGAACGCGCCGUUCUGGAGGGCGACCUUCGGCUCCUGAACGUGGCGCUGACCGAGGCCCUUGCGCGGGCGUCCUCUCCGCAAGAGGUGUUUCGUCUGGUCGUUCAGUUCCGCGCGUUUUUCCUCCCCGCCAACGCAGUGACCGCUCUGCACACGCUGGCGAGAAUGAAGCGGACAGGAAGGAAGGCCGUCGAGUGGGUUGAGGUGUCUCCUGCCGUGAAGGCCGACUCCAGCGGCUGUAGGAGGGGCCUUCUCCUACAUCCGUGUGUGAGCAUGCUUCUCCGCCAGUUGGUAGGGACGAAAAGGUUCGAUAUCUCCGCCGUGUCGCCGUCGUCCCUUCCGACAGCGAGCUGCGCAGGACCUGCGGAGCAGAGUCAAGAGGCGGUCACACACGGGAGCGAGGCUGCCACCGACCAACGCAGGCUCGUGAGGCGGCAGCCCCCCUCAGGCGGGUGCGUCGCGAGGACUGAAGCAGACGCCCUCGGGAGGAGUUCACAAAGUCGAGGCAGAGAGAAGGGCGCCACGGUUUCGAGGCUCGCCAGGCUGUCACCACGCCACUUGCCGGUCGCUCUGUGGAGCGUUGCAAAACUGCUGAAGACGCACAACCCCGCGCAUCCGGGCUGCGGCCUGCCGAGAGGGACUGAUUCGGUCUCUCGUACAGAAUCCGCGCGAUCGAGAGAGGCAAAAAAGGAACAAGCCCGCCGACAGCCGGAGCCAGACCGCGCUGGUGCUGUUUCCGCAUCUGGCCGUCCUCCCGGCACAGAAGAAGGAAGUAGGGGAGCAGCUGCAGAAGCGAGUGAACUCGGAAUGCCAGAGCAGCCACCCGUCGUCAGCCGAGACUGGGAGGACCAACAGAGUCUCCUUUGCGCAUUUUACUACGACGCUCUCGUCUCUGUGGAGAGCCGCGCAGCUGAGUUGGCGCCCCAGGGUGUGACUAUGAUAUCAUGGGCGCUGACCAGCUUCUGUGAGGGUAGUCUGGCGCGCACAGUGUCGAAAACGCUUUCUUCCGCGGAAGUGGCAGGUUGCCUACAGCUGGCCCUAAACGCUCUUGGCCGAAGGCUUGUCGUCUUCCUCGAGCGCCAGAUGCGCCGGGAGAUGACCGCGGAAGGCCGCGUCUCAUCUCUGGACUCUGGGGCGCCAGCUAGGGAGACAGGCGAAGGUGCGGGAAGGGAAGGGACAGCCAAGUGGGAGCGACACAGCGCGGAAGACGCUCUUUCCUCGACGAGCGCAUCUGACUCUUGUGGCUGGAGUACGACCAGCGAGGAGGAGGAAAUGAAUCGGCGACUGACGCAGCAGGCGACGACGCAGGGCAGGCGCGCAGUAGACGAGGGGGCCGAGGAGCGCGGCGAGGACCUCCCAGCGAAAGGGCCUCAAGCGUUCACACAGCGUGGAGGGCGUGAGGUGGAAGACAAGGCGAAGCGGCAAGAUCCGCACGACACCAGAGAACCCGUAGCAGGACCCCGCGAGGUUUGUACGUAUUUGAGGGCAUGCAGCAGCGCGCGAGUUCGCGACUGGAGUGUCGUUCUACCCGUGAUCACCACGGCGUUCCAGUCUUCGGGGGAGAUACAACACGUGGCUGAGUGCCCUCGGCAGCCUUACGCGCAGCCUGGCGCUUCCCGUCUGUCGCGUCAUCCCGGUGCGGUCAUCGCGUCGUGCUCCCCUCAUGCGGCUGCUACAACCUCACAAAAUGCGUCAUGCCGAGCGCCUUCGGCGCCGCCUGGAUCUUGCGGACGUGGUCUGAACUUGCUUCCGCACUGCAGGCCACAGGACAUCGUGUCGCUCGCUCAUGCUCUUCGAGAGUUCCUCCCUUAUUUCCAAGAGUUGCUCUGUGAGCAGCUGCAUGCCACUUCACACAGCCCCCUCUCCGGAUGCCCCGUCACCGCGAAAGGCCCAGCGACAAGUUCGCUUGUUUUCGCAGCCUGCAGGCUCCCCUUAAUGAUUGCAAAGCGUGCUGAGGAAAUGGCCCCGCAACUCGGCGACUCUCAGCGGACCCAGGUGGCUGCCCUCGUCAGACUGGCCGAGUCGCACUGUGUUGAGACGCAAAGAGAAAAGCAGAAUUCAGCAGCCUCUAUGCUGGCCACAGGGAGCUUGAAAAAGGACAGCAACUUACAGGUACUAACAGACAUCAGAAUGUAG